GCUCCAAAAUUGCCGAAGAUGGAAAUUGGAUAAUUAAGAAUAUAAAAACGUUACUUAAAAAUUUUCAAAAAGAUUUGGGUUUAUUGUUAUCAGCAGAUGGACAUGGUAACUUGGCUCCUUAUGGACAGGACUUGACCAAAUUUGAAAACCUUGAUAUUUCUGUCGUUGGAGGUAAUACUAAUUCCACAUCCAAUAUUAACCUGGCCGAUGAAAGAGAAGAUAUUUUCUACAAUCCUCUAAAA